AUGGAAAAACCUCAACCGUCCCCAGAGAGCAGCAGUGAGGAAUGCACCGUCCUGGAAGCCCCGCCCCCCGACCCCAACGGCUGCCUGCUCCACACUGGAAAGGUGGUGGAGCUGUACUGCAGUGAGUGCUCCUGUGCGGUGUGUGACGACUGUAUCAGUGGGGACCAUGAGGGGCACUCGACCGCCCCCAUCGGGCCGGCCCUGGAACUGCAGCGCACCGCCCUUAAGGACAGACUGGAGUCAGCCAAGACAAGACUUCCUCAGAUCUCAGACACGCUGUCGUUGGUUAAGGAGAUUCUGCAGCAGCUGACCAAUCAGAGAACGUCCAUCGAGGAGGACAUCCAGUCCAGCUUUGAGGAUCUUCACAAACAGCUGGACGUCAGGAAGAGCGUCCUGAUGAUGGAGCUGGAGGUCACCUACGGCCUGAAACAGAAGGUGCUGCAGGCCCAGGUGGACAGCCUGUUGCGGGGGGAGGGGGACAUCCAGGACAGCUGUACCCAGACAGAGGAGACCUUGGCUGGGGAGGCCUGCGCCGCGAGCCUGCAGGCUGAGCAAGGCCUGGCGGAGCGGCUGGAAGAGUUGACCAAUCAGGGCCUGCCGUGUCACCCGGAGGAGAACGACCAGCUGGACCUUAUCCUGGAGACAGAUGGCCUGAGGAAGUCCAUCCACAACCUGGGGGCAGUUGUGAGCACCAGUGCGGUGGCGAGCCAGAGUGAGGCUAUGGGAGCAGGUCUGGAGCAGUGCAUUGUGGGACAGCCGGCCUCUGUUACCAUAGUGACCAGAGACAAAUCAGGAGGAGCAUGCAGAAGUGGCAAUGCACUACUCUCAGCGGAGGUAUUCACCCCAGACGGCAGCAUGGUGGACGGUGAUAUCCUGGACCAUAAGAACGGGACGUAUGAGUUUAUUUACACACUGCCCAAGGAAGGACACUUCUCAUUGGCUCUCCGGCUCUAUGACCAACACAUCAAAGGAAGUCCCUUCAAACUGACCGUCAGAAGACCAUGUGACAUAGACCCUGACGUGUCCUCCCCUCCCACCACCACAGCUACCAGCUCGGCGGCCAACGCCACCCCAUCCACAGGCUCCUCCGAGGGGGCCAAGCGCCGAGGAAAGUCCCCUGCUCAGAAGAAGAAGGCCUCCAAGAGAGCAAGCAGCGCACUGGGCACGCCCAGACGCAAAACACACAACCCUAUAGAGGAUGACCUCAUCUUUAGGAUAGGGUCCAAGGGGAGAAACAGAGGAGAGUUUACUAACCUUCAGGGCGUUGCAGCUUCCUCCACUGGGAAAAUACUGAUCGCUGACAGCAACAACCAGUGUGUUCAGAUUUUCUCCAACGAAGGAGAGUUUAAGAGCCGGUUUGGGGUCAGAGGUCGGUCGCCAGGGCAACUGCAGCGUCCUACAGGCGUGGCGGUGCACCCCAGCGGUGACAUCAUCAUCGCCGACUAUGACAACAAGUGGGUCAGCAUCUUCACCAGCGACGGCAAGUUCAAGGCCAAGCUGGGCUCCAGCAGGCUGAUGGGGCCCAAGGGCGUGACGGUGGAUCAUAAUGGUCACGUGAUCGUCGUAGACAACAAGUCCUGCACCGUCUUCAUCUUCCAGCCCACCGGGAAGCUCAUCUCCAAGUUUGGUAGCCGUGGCAACGGGGACAAGCAGUUUGCAGGUCCCCACUUUGCUGCUGUCAACAACAACAAUGAGAUCAUCGUGACGGACUUCCACAACCACUCCGUCAAGGUGUUUACACCGGACGGGGAGCUGGUCCUGAAGUUCGGGUCGAACGGCGAGGGGAACGGGCAGUUCAACGCUCCCACCGGCGUCGCCGUGGAUACCAACGGAAACAUCAUAGUGGCGGACUGGGGCAACAGCAGAAUACAAGUGUUCGACGGGAGCGGCUCCUUCCUGUCCUACAUCAACACGUCUGCGGACCCCCUGUACGGCCCCCAGGGCCUGGCCCUCACCUCCGCCGGCCACGUGGUGGUCGCCGACUCUGGGAACCACUGCUUCAAAGUCUACCGCUACCUGCAGUAG